UGCAGUCGGGGACUUUCCGCCUGUAGGAAAGCAGGCUGGGGUCGAGUUUGAAGUGUAGAUUCAAAAAUACUUAGCGGCGUUACACACUUUAACAAAAAAUAAGCAAAAAAUCAAGUUCCUAUGGACUUCUGAAGCCAAGUGAGGAGCUUCAGUUUCUACCUUUCUUUUUUAUUUUAUUUUCUUUUUUUAUUAUUUUUGCAUAAGCGAGCUUUCUGUGGGGACAGAGAUUCAAAAUUGCGUCGGAAAUAAAGUAAUAAAAAACGAUUCUGCGUUUUACAAGAAAUCCCUUGUGAUACGGAUUCACUGUAAGGUGUGAGAGGAACUCGUCUCUAUUGUAAAUGAAAACAAUUCAGAAACAUUCCAGGACAUCCGGACUCAUCAGUGCUCUUCAGUCACGGACUCUGGGGAAGCCAGUGCACCUGCCAAGUUAUCAUAACACUACAGUUAAAGAGAACAUUUAAAUAACAGGCAGAUGAAUUAAAACUGCUCCAAAAAUAAUGGACGAUCUAAUGAUAGAUGGCGAUCAGCUGGCUUAUGAAGAUUUAUCCUCAUAUCAUUUUUUACCACCAAUCUCAAGCAUACACGUCAAAGCAGAGCCGUACCUGGAGACAGCUAACGGUCCCUACCUUGCAAUAAUCGAAGAGCCAAAACAGAGAGGAUUUCGUUUUCGUUACGAGUGCGAGGGUCCCUCUCAUGGAGGGCUGCCCGGGGCGUCCAGUGAAAAGAACAAGAAAACCUACCCCACUGUAAAGAUCUAUAACCACGUGGGCUAUGCCAGGGUGGAGGUGCAGCUGGUGACGCACUCGGACCCGCCCCGCGUCCAUGCGCACAGCCUGGUGGGGAAGCAGUGCAGUGAACACGGGGUGUGCAGCGUUAACGUGGGGCCCAACGAUCUCACUGCACAGUUCAAUAACCUGGGUAUCCUGCACGUCACAAAGAAGGGAGUGAAUGAAGUGCUGACCAAGAGGCUGAAGGCGGAGAGGAUGAGACAGAGAGGGGACAAUGCGGUCAUCACUGAGCAGGAGGAGCAGGAGAUAGCGGAAGAGGCUCGGGAGCUGGGCAAGGUGACGGACCUGAACGUGGUGAGGUUAAAGUUCAUGGCGUACCUGCAGGACAGCAACGGGGGAUUCACCCUCGCCCUGAAACCCGUCAUCUCCCAGCCCAUCUACGAUAGCAAGUCUCCCAACGCGUCGAACCUGAAGAUCUCUCGCAUGGACAAGACGUCGGGCUCAGCGACGGGAGGGGACGAGAUCUUCCUGCUCUGUGACAAAGUGCAGAAAGAUGAUAUCGAGGUGCGCUUCUAUGAGGAUGAUGACAAUGGCUGGGAGGCGUACGGUGACUUCGCACCCACAGACGUGCACAAGCAGUACGCCAUCGUGUUCAAAACCCCUCCCUACAGGAGGAAUCAGAUCGAUCGCCCCGUCACCGUGUUCCUACAGCUAAAACGCAAGAAGGGGGGUGACGCCAGCGAGCCCAAGCAGUUUACAUACCACCCCCAGAUACAAGACAAGGAGGAGGUUCAGAGGAAGAAGAUGAAGCCCCUCCCUCACUACCAGGACCACUACGGGCGAGGCGGGGCUGGGGGUCCGCCAGGGGGCUUCGGAGCAGGGGGGGCAGGAGGAGGCGGUGGUUUUUUCCCCUUUCCCCAUUCAGUGAACUCCAGCUUCUCUUACAACCCCAUGGGGGGGGGCUACCAAGGGGGCACCCAGAUGCCUGGAGCAGCGCAGCGACAGGCCUCCCCUGCUAGCAGUGGGGCCCCUCAAGGGGGGCUGUCCCCACAGCAGCAGCUCAUACAGAUUGCCUCGCUCCUCCAGUCCAAGGCCACACUGACGGCCAGACGCACGGCCCGCGCCCUGCUCGAUUACGCCAGCACGGGAGACGCACGCAUGCUGUUGGCUGUGCAGAGACAGCUGUGCGGGGUGCAGGACGAGAACGGGGACACCCCUCUGCAUCUAGCCAUCAUUCACCAGCAGGCCAGCGUGGUGGAGAAGCUGGUGCAGGUCAUCGUGAGCAUCCCAGACCAGAGGAUCCUGAACCAGAGCAACCACCUGAGACAGACUCCUUUGCACCUGGCUGUCAUCACAAAGCAGUACAAGAUCGUGGACUUCCUUUUGAAGGCAGGGGCUGACCCCACCCCCUUGGAUCGCUAUGGCAACUCGGUGCUGCACCUGGCCACGCCUACCAGUGACGAGCACAUGCUGCGGAUACUGCUGAGUCACCUGAAACCACACAGCCGCUACCUGCUCAACACACCUGACUACAAUGGUCUCUACCCCCUUCACCUCGCGGUGCAAAGGUCCGGUGAGCAGUGCUUGCGAAUGCUUGUUGAUGCCGGCGCGGAGGUGAAUGCAGUGGAGAGGAAGAGUGGCUGUACUGCCCUGCACCUGGCUGUGCAGCAGGACCUCUUCGCUGUGGCCUGCCUACUCAUCACAGAGUUGAACGCUGAUGUGAAUGUCUGCUCGUUUGGUGGGAACACCCCCCUGCACCUGGCUGCCAGUCAGGGCUCCCCAGUGCUGUGCUCCAUGCUCAUCGCAGCAGGUGCUGAGAGGUUGGUGGAGAAUGAUGAGCCAGUCUACAUGUCCUCUGCAUCCUCAUCUGAGGAAGAGAGGGAGGAGACACAGGAGGAGGAGAGCAGGGGGAGAAAGAGGGCAGAGCCAGCAGAGACCCACACUGCACGUCUGCACAGCCUGGCCUCCAACCCCCGCAAGAGACCCCCCACGCGAGGACACACCCCCCUAGACCUGGCCAAGAACCAGAAAGUGCAGGACAUCCUGGAGGGGAAGUCCAGACGACCAGGGAAGACCCCUGCCAAGCCGAAGACCGCCCCCCAUGCAGGUGCUGUCUGCCCCCUGGACAGUGACACCCUGGCCCGGCUCAGCACUGCCCUGAGUGCGGGGGAGGUUCAGUGGAAGCAGCUGGCAGAGAAGCUGGGCAUGAGGACCCUGGCAGACCUGUAUGAGGAAUGCCCUUCCCCUUGCCACAGCCUGCUGCAGGGCUACCAGAUGUCGGGCGGCCGGGUGGAGAGCCUGAUUGAUGCUCUGCAGGCUCUGGGUCUCAAUGAGGGAGUGAGGGUGCUGAGGGAGGCCGAGCUCAAGGACAAGACCCACACCACAGAGGUGAAGGUGGACAGUGGCUAUGACAGUCAGUCGACAGAGCAGCUAGAGCAUGAGAAGAUGGACGAGUCUGUUCCAGCCAACUCCUGAGACCAGCAGACAUCCCUCCCUCCCUUCCAGCUCUGUGACAUCACAGUACAGCACAAUGAUAUCACAUCCAGUACGGUGACAUCACAAUCCAGCAUGUGACAUUGUAACCAGGAACCCAGGUUAAUAGUUUUAACAACCCCCCCUUUCCGUUUGAGAGGUUGAGCAGGAGUCUCUGUUAUACUGUGCAGUAGAGGAACAGCAUGCGCUGGUGCAGUAGAGAGGGGGCUGCUGCAAAAUGGAAGAAUCACAAUUCAUAAUUCCCAGGUGGAUCAUGUAAAAUAGUUUACCUCCAAAUCACUAAUUAAAAACUGUCCACUGCAGACACAUCUGCCCAUCGUUCUCUUUGAUACAACAAGACCACGUAAGACUUUUAUUUGAAUUAUAUUUCUAUGUCUGUGCAUGUGAUGCCGCAGAAGAUUUUUAUAUAGAGAGAUAAUGUAUUUGAUAAUGUAUUCAUUUUGGGUGCAUUCGGAAGCCCUGGCAAUUUGAAAGUGAAGACGGCGUGCUAAUGUCUUUUUCUGUGUUACGUUUAUUUUUAAAUAAAAUCUGCUCUGAAAAGCGA